AUGGCGCUGGAGCUGAGAGAGCUCCUGUGGACCCUGCGGAGCUCGGUGGCGGCGGUGGAGCUGCGCUUGGAGCUGCUGCGGAGGACGUGGCCCCGGAGUCCACCGGAAUGGCUGGAGGAGGAGGAGGUCCGCGACCUGCUGCGUCCCUACCUGGAGUCGUCCCAGCUGCCGCUGCUGCUGCAGCUCCUCCACUCGGCCCCAAGGGCCUGGUGCAACGCGACGCGGACGCGGACGCGAACGUUGCUGGCCCUGGUGGAGCCCUGUGAUGUGCACCUGCUGCGGGUGCGCUUGGAUGUGAUCUUUGGGUUGUCGCCCGAGAUGUGCGCUGGGAGAUGCUACAUGCGGCUGAGAUUGGCAAAGGCUGGUAGCUGGAUGGAGUCAUCCAGCUUCUUCCUCGCAGUUCCACCGUUUCCAUCCCGCCCAGCCGGCUGUUUCUUGGACAACGAGUUCCAGUUUUCCAUUCCCGUGUCCUCGGGCGAUUCUGUGCUGAGCCUCUUCGGUCCCGGGGCCACUGGGUUGGAAGUGCAGUUGGUGGAUGAAGAUCGCAGCCCACUGCUGCAGGGAGAGCUGUCGCCAGCAGAGUUCUUGGCACAUAUGGAGCUUGGACCCGGCGAAGCGGCUGCAAGCUGCAUCAAGCUGGAGCCCGCAGAGAGUUUUCAGUGCACUGGGCUGAAGUCUUGUUCAGUGGCAGGUUUGAUGGCUGGACCCCAGCUGCAGCUGGUGCUUCGCUGCAGCCAGAUGGCAGCACCGCUGGACGCCCUGCCGUACUGGGCUGAGCCGCGGCUGGCGACUCCUUGGCAACCCCUCCCUAAGGUCACUAUGGAAGAGAGCGGAGCAACAGAUCUCGCACCUCAGACGGAGACGGUGUCUUGUCGUAUGAAGAUCUCAAGAUCAACGGGGAAUGAGACUGAAGUUGUGGUUCCACAUCAAUAUGUCGGAUAG